AUGGAUCCUACAAAUGACCCCAACUUCACCCCUCCAUCAUUAAAUAAGGAUAUCCAACCUACAGCUCCGUCGAGCCAAAUACCUAAAAAUAUCCCCAUUGAACCGCUAGUUUUAGCAGAUUUAGGUAAUGCCAUGGAUGCUCCGUCCCCACACCCUUCUUCAGGAAGAUCGAGGGUCCAUAUGGUCCACGAAGACAUGAAGGCCGAUCAAUAUAAGUCCAAGAUUCCUAGAAAGCAUACGGAUUUGGUAAACUCGUCUUCGGACGACGAUGCAAAUGUACCGGAACAGAUUUUACCACCAUCGGCCAAAGUUAAGAGUACACAAAUUGCCGAUUUGGAAGAGGUGCCGCAGGGCAUCCAGAGACAGUCCAAGACGUUGGAAAAGUAUCUGUUUCCGACCCAUAGAUUGGGUACUAUGAUGCGGGACGAUACCAAGUACCCAUUGGUAAUAGUUGCAUGCGGGUCUUUUUCGCCUAUUACAUAUUUGCACUUGAGGAUGUUCGAGAUGGCAUUAGAUGCCAUCUCGGAGCAAACCCGAUUCGAGGUUGUAGGAGGAUAUUUUAGUCCUGUGAGUUCGAAUUAUAAGAAACAGGGUUUGGCACCAGCACCCCACCGGGUGCGUAUGUGUGAAUUGGCAUGCGAGCGGACGUCGUCGUGGUUGAUGGUGGACGCCUGGGAGUCUUUGCAGCCGAAAUACACCAGGACGGCGUUGGUGUUAGACCAUUUCAACGAAGAGAUUAAUAUCAAGAGAGGAGGUAUCAUGACCCAAUCCGGCGAGAAGAGGGGGGUCAAGAUUAUGUUGUUGGCAGGUGGUGACUUGAUUGAGUCGAUGGGUGAACCAGACGUAUGGGCCGAUCAAGAUUUACAUCACAUUUUGGGUAAAUACGGCUGUCUUAUCGUCGAAAGGGCUGGUGCUGAUGUUAGAAGCUUUCUAUUAAGUCAUGAUAUAAUGUACGAGCAUAGGAGAAACUUCUUAGUUAUUAAACAAUUGAUUUACAACGAUAUUUCUUCUACAAAAAUCAGGUUAUUUAUCAGGCGGGGCAUGUCGGUUCAAUACCUUUUACCAAACUCGGUGAUUAGGUACAUCCAAGAACAUAAGUUGUAUAUUAACGAAACUGAGCCCGUCAAGCAAGUUAUGGCCGAUAAAACUGAUUAG